AUGCUUCCUGUUGUGUUGUCAGUUCCUAGGCAUUUAGGAUUCAAGUCUACAACUGAAAACUCCUAUGUGCGGAAGUGGAUGAUUCAGAGCCCUUACAAAGCUGCAACUUUCUUUGGGUGCAUUGGCAAAGAUAAAUUUGGAGAGAUCUUAAAGAAGAAGGCUGAGGAAGCUCAUGUGGAUGCCCAUUACUAUGAGCAGAGUGAAGAACCAACAGGAACCUGUGCUGCCUGCAUCACUAGUGAUAACAGGUCCCUUGUAGCUAACCUCGCUGCUGCUAAUUGCUAUAAGAAGGAAAAGCAUCUUGAUUUGGAGAAGAACUGGAAGUUGGUGGAAAAAGCCAAAGUUUAUUAUAUAGCAGGAUUCUUCCUGACGGUGUGCCCAGAAGCAGUAUUAAAAGUGGCUGCUCAGGCUUCUGCAAACAACAAGAUCUUCAGCUUGAAUCUUUCUGCACCGUUUAUUAGCCAGUUCUACAAAGAGCCUAUGAUGAAAGUCAUGCCUUAUGUCGAUGUCCUUUUUGGAAAUGAGACGGAAGCUGCCACUUUUGCUAGAGAGCAAGGCUUUGAGACUGAAGACAUUAAAGAGAUAGCCCGGAAGACACAAGCCCUGCCGAAGGUGAACACUAAAAGGCAACGAAUCGUAGUCUUUACCCAGGGGAAAGAUGACACUGUAAUGGCUACAGACAAAGGCUCUGUGUACUGUCGAGGACAAGACAGCCGUGGGGCUAAGUUGAGAGGGGCUGGGUUACGAGAGGAGGAGUGCACCUCUUCG